AUGGGGACACCGUGGCCUCAAGCGGCAGCAUGGCCCCACGACACCUACGAGCACGCCACCUUCUUCAGCGAUUACCUCAGGAAAGCACUCGUCUGUAUUGAAACCGCAGAAGAUCAGCCUGUACCCAAGCCACUAGUUAAGACUAUGAUUGCAGCCAUGAGCGUCCUUAUCACCAAGUUUCAAAAUACUCCAAACGUUAAUACAGUUAUGCAAGCCAUCGCGAACGUACAGAAUGACCUUAGAAUGACUACAGAGACAAUCAAAACCACAGCAAUAACAGUUCAGCAUACAGCAGAAAUGCAUCAACAGAUAGCGAUGAUGUUGGGUUUCUUAAGACCAGAAAGAGUAUCAGAUUGA